CGAAACAUGGCUGACUCGCGCACGAAGAUGGCUGCCGCGCGUUACGAAAGAUCGGACGAUCUCUCGCGGGGAAACCGUUUCCCGAUCGUUCAGACAACCGCCGUGCCGCCGUUCGCUCCACAUAGUCACGCACGGUGGUGGCCGUCGACGCGAUGCUAUACGACAUCAAGUGGAUCAUACCGCAACUACGGAACCCGUCUCGGUUAUGGAACAUCGCGAGCAGCAUAACCUUCGCGGCGGUGGGCAUUUUCUCGAAAAUCAUCAUAGAAUGGCUGAACAAAACGACGGUAUACAACAAGCACAUUAUCGUGCGCGCCUUAGACCUCCGGCCGAAAAACGUUCCGCUCAUUACCGUGUCGAAUCAUCACAGUUGCUUCGACGAUCCGGGCAUAUGGGCGACCCUGGACAUCCGGCACGGGCUAAAUCGACGUAAGAUAAGAUGGUCGCUCGCCGCCCAGGACAUUUGUUUCACGAAUGUCUGGCAUUCCUACUUUUUCAUGCUCGGCAAGUGCAUACCCAUCGUCAGAGGUGACGGCGUAUAUCAGGAAGCCAUGGACUUCUGCAUCGAAAGGUUGGCCUGUGGCGAGUGGGUGCACGUCUUUCCCGAAGGAAAAGUCAAUAUGCUUAAGGAAGAGAUGAGGUUGAAAUGGGGCGUGGGUAGAUUAAUAUUAGAAUCGCCUGUCACACCUAUCGUAAUUCCUAUUUGCCAUCUCGGUAUGGAUGAAGUACUUCCCAACGAGCCGCCGUAUAUGUUUAGAACGGGAAAAAAAGUUAUCAUGAAUUACGGUGAGCCCAUAGACUUUAGUGGAAUGCUGGCAGAUUUGCGGGCGUCAAAAGUGAACGAGAUGGAAGCACGGAAAGCGAUAACUGAUCGCAUUCAAGAAGAACUUUCAAGAUUGAAGGCAGUAACAGAAAAACUUCACACAAAAUUAUGACGAAGAUGAUUUUUUUUCCGUCAUCCUACUGUCUAGCCUUAUUUGCCAAAAAUAUAAAGAGAGAUGAUUGAUUGAGUGAUCAAAAGUGUGAUUUGUAUGCACAAUCUGUAUGAAAUCAGUUUCCUUUUUAAAAGCAUUAUAUUCAUAUUGUAAGUAGUAUUUUUCUGACAAUAUUGAUUAUCGGUUAAUGUAAGUAUCAAUUGUAUAACAAGUCAUUCUGCGACGUUUUUAUCGUCUUUAAUUAUUCCUCCCGUAACUCUCCGAAAGCCCUGAGACACAUAUAGAAAAUGUAUUCAAAGUUGUGUAUUUGCUUCCAAUAUUAUACAUCUGAUAAAUAUGGGAUUAACUAACCUUUAAUAGAAAUUUGUAAAAUUCAGUUUCUCUUUAUUAAUUAGAUU